CUGCGUCAUCGCUAGUGGCCGGUUUGAAUGAGCUUCGUCGCAUCUAGUCCGCCGCCCCAGUAGCGCGUCCACCUUGGCCACCUCCACGAGCAUUUUCUGGUCCCUUUCCCUCCGCUGACCUCGCCAGGCCCAGCCCUCCAGCGCCCCUGCCCCCCUCGCUCCCCACCAUGCCGCUGUACUCGGUUACUGUAAAAUGGGGAAAGGAGAAGUUUGAAGCUGUAGAGUUGAAUACUGAUGAACCUCCAAUGGUGUUCAAGGCUCAGCUGUUCGCACUGACUGGAGUCCAACCGGCCAGGCAGAAAGUCAUGGUGAAAGGAGGGACCCUGAAGGAUGAUGAUUGGGGGAAUAUCAAAAUAAAAAAUGGGAUGACUCUGUUAAUGAUGGGGUCAGCAGAUGCUCUUCCAGAAGAACCUGCAGCUAAAACUGUCUUUGUUGAAGACAUGACAGAAGAACAGCUAGCUUCUGCUAUGGAAUUACCAUGUGGAUUGACAAACCUUGGUAACACUUGUUACAUGAAUGCUACAGUCCAAUGCAUUCGUUCUGUGCCUGAACUCAAAGAUGCCCUUAAAAGAUAUGCAGGUGCCUUGAGAGCUUCGGGGGAAAUGGCUUCCGCGCAGUAUAUUACUGCAGCCCUUAGAGAUUUGUUUGAUUCCAUGGAUAAAACUUCGUCUAGUAUUCCACCUAUUAUUCUUCUGCAGUUUUUACAUAUGGCUUUCCCACAGUUUGCGGAGAAAGGAGAACAAGGACAGUAUCUUCAACAGGAUGCUAAUGAAUGUUGGAUACAAAUGAUGCGAGUGUUGCAGCAGAAAUUGGAAGCCAUAGAGGAUGAUUCUGUUAAAGAGACAGAUUCUUCAUCUGCACCAGCUGUGACACCUACUAAAAAGAAAAGUUUAAUUGAUCAGUUCUUUGGUGUUGAGUUUGAAACUACCAUGAAAUGUACAGAAUCUGAAGAGGAAGAAGUCACCAAAGGAAAGGAAAAUCAGCUGCAACUUAGCUGUUUUAUUAAUCAAGAAGUCAAGUAUCUUUUUACAGGACUUAAAUUGCGACUUCAAGAAGAAAUUACCAAACAGUCUCCAACGUUGCAAAGAAAUGCUUUGUACAUCAAAUCUUCCAAGAUCAGCCGGCUACCUGCUUACUUAACUAUUCAGAUGGUUCGAUUUUUUUAUAAAGAGAAGGAAUCAGUAAAUGCCAAAGUUCUUAAGGAUGUUAAAUUUCCCCUUAUGUUGGACGUGUAUGAACUUUGUACACCUGAACUGCAAGAGAAAAUGGUUUCUUUUCGAUCAAAAUUUAAGGAUAUAGAAGAUAAAAAAGUGAAUCAGCAGCCAAAUACAAGUGACAAGAAGAGUAGUCCCCAGAAAGAAGUUAAAUACGAACCUUUUUCAUUUGCUGAUGAUAUUGGCUCCAAUAACUGUGGAUACUAUGACCUACAAGCAGUGCUAACUCACCAAGGAAGGUCAAGUUCUUCAGGUCAUUAUGUGUCAUGGGUAAAAAGAAAACAAGAUGAGUGGAUCAAGUUUGACGACGAUAAGGUCAGCAUUGUAACACCUGAAGACAUCUUGCGGCUCUCCGGCGGUGGCGACUGGCAUAUUGCGUAUGUUCUGCUGUAUGGGCCCCGCAGAGUUGAGGUCAUGGAAGAGGAAAGUGAACAGUAAUCUCUGUAGCUAUUUAUGCUUAGGUGUGAAAUAAAUGUUAUUUGUUGAUCACUUGUAUAAUCCAGAGCUUUAGAAGAAGGUGUGUAGGUGAUCUUGUCUGUUUCCCCUUGUGUGGAAUAAGAGGGCAGAAGCAGACUGCUUGUGCAUCACCCUAAAAAUUAUGGAAAGAAUAAGAAUUACCUUGGAAUAUGCUGCCCUCUAUAAAGGUGGCUGGAAGACAGAGCUCAUUUCUUGUAUUAAUUUAAAAAAAUUCUUAGUAACAUGUCUUCCCCCAUUACCUUCUGUGUUAGUUUUUCUCCUUGCCUUUCGGCCCAAGUCAGCCGUGAUGUUCGUUGCACACCUGUGCCCGUUGUUGGGUGUUCUUGCAUGGUCGUCCCACCGUUCAGUAGCUGCCCGUCCUUUGCCUUAUCUAACAAACAUCCUUCCAGGAAGGCGGAGAAGAAGUGUUGCUCUCAGUGUGACUCUGCUGCUGUCCACUCCCGUGAAACAUGGGUGCAAUCAAGGAUUUGUCCAGCCUGACUAUUGCUGGCUUUUCAUGACUUUUAAAUAAAUUGUGAUCAAUAAUAGUACAUUUGAUUAUACAUUUAUUAUUGGGUCUCUGAUGCAGUAUGACUUGUACAUUUACCUUCGCAAUGGUUUUAUGUUGACAAGCUUUGGUUAUUAAGAAAA